CUGGCAUGAAAACUGUUCAGUGUUUUUAAUCUCGUAGUUCCUAAAGUUGGACUCAACAGUUCUGAUUAUAAACAAGUAUGUUACCUUGUGAACAUGCUUUUUGUUUUGCUAUGUUUACUAGCUUAUCUAUCGUGAAUAAUACUGCUAAGGAUCAAUUGUCUGAGUAUUUACAAAUGGUCUAGAAUAAAGUUGUUUCUGUUUACUGGACAUAAAGCAAUACCUCUUGAAAUUACACGACGUUAUAACUUGGUGCGGAAUAACGACAGGGCUGUCAAAGCAAGUUUGGUUCGACAGUCCGCAGACAACUAUUUCUCAUGGUCGUAGAUUCACUUCUAUAACAGAUUUGAGUUGAAGAUAUCAGACCCCGUUCUUUUCGUACACUGGAUUAUCACCAAUUUUCGAUAAUGCUCAUGCCUCUCUUUUCGAAGAAGAAGUUCGACGAGAAGAUUACGAAGAAGUUCGACAUUCUUGGAGUAAUCGGGAGCGGCGCAUUCUCUGAUGUCCACAUAUGUCGCGAGAAAGUCAGUGGAAAGGAAUAUGCAGUUAAAUGCAUCAAAAGAAAGGAAAUCGAGGGCAGAGAAGACGCACUUGAAAACGAGAUUGAAAUACACAAAAAAAUCAAACAUCCAAAUGUUGUGGAGCUGGUGCAAUUAUAUGACAACAAAGAUGCUCUUUUCAUAAUAAUGGAAUUGGUCUCUGGUGGGGAACUUUUUGACAGAAUUGUCGAAAAGGGAAGUUAUACUGAACAAGAUGCAAGCGGUAUCAUAAAGCAAGUUCUAGAAGGCGUCUUCUAUUUGCAUUCAAUUGAUAUUGUUCACAGGGAUCUAAAGCCAGAGAAUCUUCUUUUCCACGACUCAAGUGAAAAUGCAAGGAUAAUGAUAACAGAUUUUGGGUUGGCUAAGAACACAGAUGAAGGCCCUAUAAACACUGCUUGUGGAACACCGGGCUAUGUUGCUCCCGAGGUGCUUCUUCAAAAGCAGUACGGGAAACCAGUAGACUGUUGGGCCAUUGGAGUAAUUACAUAUAUACUGUUGUGUGGAUACCCGCCAUUCUAUGACGAUGAUGAUUCACAACUUUACCAGCAAAUUAUUCGAGCUGAAUAUGAGUUUGAUUCACCUUAUUGGGAUGAGAUAUCGACUUCCGCCAAAAAGUUUGUGCGAAAUCUUAUGAAUCCAGAUCAAGAAGCACGAUAUACAUGUCAACAAGCUUUGCACGACCCAUGGAUUUCUGGUGGCCUAGCUUCAGACAAAGAUAUUCUUGUGUCUGUUGCUGAGCAAAUGAGAAAAAACUUCGUGAAAAGAAAAUGGAAACAAGCAUUUAAUGCAACGACUGCAAUAAGAAGAAUGAAGUCACUCACUCUCUCCUGAAGCAUGGUUGAGUACAUUUUUGUUUAAAAGCAGUUUUAAGAAACUUUUUUUUUAAUCCUUGGGUAACAAUUCACAUCAUACGUAGUAGAUUUUUAAGUCGAAAUUUAUUGCUUAUCAUAUAUUAAUGUCCAAUUUUUUAUUUCAAAUAAAGCUUUAUUUACUUUUAACCAAUAACCUAGCUUUUGACUUGCAUUUAAUUCAGGUAGCGUCUAACAUCGUUAAUGCAACUUUUCGUUCAACACCUACUGCUCUUCUUCACUUUUGUUCUGCUCUUCUUACACUUUUUGCACACUUGUAAAAUGUCAUGUCUCGUACACUUUUCUAAGUUAUCUAGAAAUGCUAGCAACAAGAAACACUUUUGAAAUCUAUAGUUUCUGCUGCUCUCUUACAGUUAGGCAAACUCCUGUUGAUGGUAUUCCUAGGACAGUUUUUUGAGCCACUACUUGAUCUAUUAUUUUUAAUUUAAGGCUCUCUUUUUAACUUGAAAACAUGCUAAAAAAAACGAGCUAUUUCGUACAGUACAGUUAGUUUAUUCGCAAUCAAUUUUUAUUAGACAACUCAUGGCUAUUAGACUUUAAAAACAGACGUCGUGUUCUGAUAUCCGAGGGAGAGAGGGCUUUAAAAAUGGGUUUUCAGCUAGUAAUUACAUUCCUUAAUAACUGUAUUGACUUCUUAUAAGAGUUGUCCAAAUUUACCCAAUUCUACGUGCAUGAAUUUGGAAAAGUUUAACGAUAUUCUUCACGGUAGCCUUCUUUUCAUGUGGUUUUUGAGUUCAAAAUCCAAUCCAGUCAUUACAGCUAUUAGUUCAUGAAGUAAUCAACAAUGAUAGUUUAAAACUAUGGGGGUAUCUGAUGCUGGAGGGGCUGGACCAUAGCAAAGCUAGCUAUGUUAUAAACAGUGGCUACAAUUAAUAGCGAUACGAGCUUGAAGUUAUCAGAAAAAUGAUUUCCUUGCCAAACACGCUGUUUCGUGAAAAGGUGCUUGGGUAAUUGUGACUGCAGUUGUGUUAUUUCUGCUGUGUCUUUGGGUGCUGGAGUACUUGAUGCAAACUUAUGAUACGGAUGGAAUUGAACUGCUUCUAUAACUAAGAACUUUGAAACAUUCUGGCUACAGCAGACACCCUUUUGUCUUUAUAUGAUGUAAAGGACUAGAUAUAAGCCUAGACAUCUGUAGUUGCUGAUUCCAGUGGAGAAGAUUCAAGUCUACACACCAGCUACCGAUAGAUUGUUUUCCUUUGUGGGCCUAUGAUUGAUUUUGCCUGUCGGUUAGAUGUUUUUCAGCUUAAUUAUGGUUUUUGGACUCCAGUACUCUAGAUCCGUUAGCCUACCCUUUCUAAAGGACUCCAAUGGUCUAGUCAAGUCAUCGUUUUUGAUGAAAGUGGACCAAUCAGGGGUGUUGCCAAAGGAGGGGGGGUACAGGGAGAUCCUGUUUGCUAAUACUGAGGUGUUUCUUUCCAGAAACGCCGGAGGAGAUGCAGGGGAGGGGUGGGGAAGUGGCUUGUGUUACAAAGACUAUUUGUAGUCUGGGGGUCAGGCUAAGGGGAAGUAGGCAAAGCACAAAGAAAAAGGGCAAAGCAAUACUAAGUUGCUUUUGCAAGGGCAGGAGGAUAACGGUCUCUUUUUCCUUGCGCUGGCGUCCCUGCUUUAUUUGCUUGAAACAUCUGGUGUUUGUAUAGUCUUUUCACUUUUAGAAAAUGUAAAUAGUUUAUAGGUACGUGUUACAAUAAAAGCUGUUGUAGUUUAGUUUUUAUUUUAAAGCAAAGAAUUUUAACAAAUCUUAUGUAUCCAGUAAUUUGUAGCAGUGCUUGGUGCUAUUAGGUAUCUUGGAAUUAAAGGAUUAUUCAAAGUCGUGUUGAAAUUUUGCAAAAGUUGAUAACCGAACAUAAACUUUGUUCUCUCUUUGGAUCUAAACCAUAUUCACGCGGCUGUUACGUUCUAAAAUGCUGCUAUACCCCUUUGCAAAAGCAAAAAUAUUUACUUAAUCCAAAAAACAAAUGCUUAUAUUGAAGGGUCUAUUGUGCAUUUGUUGACCUGUAACCCCUUGCAACUCAGAAGGCCUGGAUGUAUUUAUAGCCUGAAUAUAUAGAUGAAGAUCUUAGGAAAAAACUCACAGAAUGUUGAUAAAGUGCCAGCUACUUUGACAAUCAUCAAGGGUGGUUCUACCAAAAGGGUUUCUUUCGAGCCACCUUUUGAUGGUUGCGGUUAUGUGGUGUGUUUUAAAGGGGGCAAGUGGUUUUUGACCUGGUAUGAACCCUAUUGUUGGGUCAUGGCAAGGUUUGUCAUGACCCAAUAAUGCUUUCUGCUUCCACGUUAUGCCUUAGCUGAGUCCCGUCUUUUGCCUUUUUUUGGAAAUCACCCUUAAUUCUACCUUAUCUUAUAAGGCCAUACCCAUUUCCCCUUCAUGGAUGAUAAUAAUGGCUAGAUCUUCAAAAUUGGUGUGGGAGACAAACGAGCUGGAAAGGCCACAGCCCCCUUAAUCAGACGAAAAUAAUCUGAUUUCAAGCUCCAUAAGGGCAGUUCUAUCUCAAUGAAGCAACAAUAUUCAGACAAGUUCCAUUCUAAGCCCCCUAAACGUUAAGCAUCCGCUAUACCCAUGAUCUUCAACAAUUUACGCAAAAAUUUAUAACAUAGAUGUUUCACAUUAUGAAUAUUUGAAUAAGGUGCACUUUGCGCCAGACCUGAAAUGCAAAUCCUAUUGCUAAAGGUCGAAGGAGAGAACAAGGUCUAAAACUUUUCCUUAGGGUUUCAAUACUUGAUCGUUAAAGUUAGCACUACUUAGAUUUUGUCAACAUGCAAUUAGCAUAGCUCAACCUAUUGAUAUGUCGCAAUGUGUUACAUGUAUUACCUAGAAGUAGCAUAGACCUUUUUCAUUCAGUUUCUAGAUUCAUAAUCGUUUUACUUUAAUUACUUAACGAAAAUGCUUAUAUACCAUCCAAGAUUAU